ACCGUGCCAGUCGACCGUGGGAGUUUACCGGUAACGGUCCAGUUGAAUGUUGUCUUGCUCUAUAAAUAAUUACAAAAAACAAUAAUAAAUAACGAGUAACAAAAUGACAAGAAAAGAAUGUUGGAUGAAUGUCGAAUCCUGGUGCCAUCCGAAGACACGUUCAAAGAUCAUGCAGUUACGAAAUUUGCUGAAGGUACCGUGAGAUCGAGGAAAGACGUGACAGAACAGCAGGCAGAUGACGAUGGAAGAACGAGAAGGAAGAAAAGAAAAACAGCAACGAUAAUUGAAUUACGAAGAACAAAAAAAAAUAUUCACCCGUACGAUAUCGAUUUUUUAAAAAAUAUUCCACUAAUUGAUCGUGAAAAAUUGAUUGAUUGAAUAAUUUAAAGCUCUGACACGAAGCAUUGCUGGAUAAAAAAAAAAGGGAGAAAAUAAAAAUUUUAAAAUCGACAGCGUACUCCGGUAUAAUAAAAUUGAUAACUAGCUUCACUGGAAAAAGACAAAGAGAAUACUGGGUCAUAGAGUAUCGACUGGCGAAACUUGAAUAAAUUUAUAUUAAUACCCAUGAUAAAUGACAAAGCUGAAAUUUUUAUGUCGAAGGGCUCUUGAGUCUUCAACCCACGACUGAAUUUACUUUAUAUUUUUUCCCGGGAAAUUGAAUUAAAAAUUAACACGAAUAAACAAAUGAAGCAGACUCAAUUUUAAAACAUAAUAAUAAUACUUAUAUUCGUACUCGUACAGUGAUAAAGGACGAUCGAUGUAAAAUACUAUUUUAAAAAUUUAAUUAAUUCUAGUUCCAGUAAGAUAGAAAAAAAAUAAAAAAAUUCUGGUCGUAAAUCAGAAGAAAACAUUGAAUGUGAAAAUUGACCCUUUACCGGUACGUGGUGGAGUCAAAAAAGUGUGAACUAGUUUCGUAGAUGUACGUAUAUAUUCAUAUCGGGUGCCAUUGGUAACCGAAGAGAUUCAAAUUGAAUCGGUAACACGAGUUAUUUCACCGGCAAGAUGAAGCUUGGAGAUAAUAUGACGACUGUAGAAGGCAACAUUUGGAGUGACGUUUGUCCCCGUAAAACUCGACCUCCGAGAAUCGGCGAUAUUCCAAAGCACGUGGCAAUUGACGAGGAAUCCCCGAGCUCGUCGUCUCACUUGCUGGCAACGCCAUUAGAAGUGACAAAGCCGAGUCCCAGUACAGUAGUUUCAACAUUACUGUCAGUGAAAGAAAAACUGUCAAGCACCAUUGGGUCCCUCGAGAGUAGUUGUUCGCCCCAAAAAAUAGCUGUAGAAGACAAAGAUAACGAUAACGAUAACGGCGUCAAUUUAUCUCGGCAAGCCAAUGUCCCUGUUGGUGAUAAAAUCCUCGAGAAACAAGAAUAUUAUCAAUUACGAGAAACUUAUCGGCAACAAUCAAGAAGUUCGCUGUCAGCAGAAGUACCCGAAGCAAAUUGGGACAGAAGAAAGGAUAGCGCGGUGUGUCUCGACGACACUGAGUUGGACGAAUUGGACGAACUCAAGGAACGAUUGCUCCUCCAAAAAGUCGUUCCCUAUGAUUCGAUAAGGAACUUAUCCUCCGAUAGCACAAUUACGUCUAACAGCAGAUUUCCUCCGUUACCGGACAACCAACGGAUUCCCGCAGUUUACGCUUCAUCCUGCAAAAACAGUGAAGAGUUGAGUCAAUUGCAGAAGGAUUCCUCAGUUAUAAAUCAUCCGACUUUAGCUAAGUAUUAUCGUCCGAGGCGCGAGAGCAGCGGUUACUCCAGCAACCUGAGUACUUUUGAUGAAGAUCGCAGAAAUUCAACUACCAUCGAAACACUACAAGGCUUCAGCAGCGUAAAAGAUUUCCAGAGAGAAAGGCGAAGAUCCUCGUCAGCAAAACGGCUGAAUCUCAGUAGACUUGCAUCCACUAGAGAAAGAGAAGACGAAUCUGAAAGAAUGCCAACUUCAGAAGUUAUUUAUCGGAAAGUGUCAACAGCAGGGCUCAUUGAGAUGCCGAAUAUUAAGGAGCUUAAGGAAAUAGCUGAGGACGUUAAAUGUCCGUCCCCUGAUAAUGAUGAUGAUGAUAAAGGUAUUGUAUGUUUGCCGGGAUCGAAAAACCAGUUGGAUGUCAAGAAUAAAGCUGAUGAAAAAGAAUCGUUGAGUUAUAUUGGGAUUAAGAAAACGUCAGUUUAUGAUAAAGAGUAUGAUAGUCAUCUUAAAGGGGAUGCUGAUGAUAUAUCGGAGGAUGAUGGACGAGAUUGUAUCGAUGCCUUGAAUAGUGUCUCUGAGAGGUCAGAUUAUAAAAAUAUCGAGGAGAUUCGUGAUAGACUUGGACAAACGACCUUGAUCAGUUGUGGUGAUACUGAUGAAAAAAUGAGUACAGCAAUGCUGAAAGAUACGCGUCAAAGCAUUGUAGAUAAAUCUCCCGAGGUUUUAUCAAGGACACAUGACAGUGGAUUAAUAAAAAAUAAUCUAGAAUCAUGUUGCAGAGAAAAAGAUAAAAAAUCUGAGAUGGAAUUAGAAAAGAUAGUUUCUGGGAGAGAUAGUUUACAGCCUUUGAAGUCUGAUAAAAAGGUGGAUGAUAAAGACAGAUUUAGAUCAAUAAGUAAAGUGAGUUCACGAUCCCAAAGUUUCAAUAUCGCUGAUGAAAGUCUUCGUAAACCUCUUAAAGGAUUGACGUCCUCUCCAAACUCAAGUCCCAAACCUACGAGGCAUCGUAGUAGAAUAAUCCAUCAGUACAGUUCGCCUUUGUCCUCGACAAUGGAGCUGGAAAGCAUUUCGGAGAGGCCUCUGGAUGACGUGAGCCCUUCUUCUUGCGCUACGCAGAAUCUCACUGUCGUUGUUGACAAUCACGAUGAAGAUGAUGGUGAUGAUGAUGAUGAUAAUGAUGAUGAUGGUGAUGUUCUCAUUGCUAAAAGACGCGCCAAUCGCAUCAAGAAAUCGCAGAAACGGAAUGAAACUGAAGAAGUAGAUACCAAGAAACUGUUCCCGAGGUCUGUUAAAGUCUACCAGCUGCUGUCGACCCAGUCUGAGGACCGUGAGGACGGAGAGCCUAGGCUUAUGGAUAGAAGAACAUCUCUGCAGAUAACUCGCCACGAUAUUGAAGAACAAGCUAUUCCCGGGACGACUCUGUGCAUCCCAGAUGAUAAGGUGCUUUUGCACACUGAAAGCGUGCCUCUGAUAAAGUAUCAGCCGGUUCAAGAGAGCUCGUGCUUGGAAGAUGGAUCGUUCAAUGCCGCCAGAUUGUCCCCGGUUGGAAAACUAGCUUCCCAUCCCAGUGGAGCUGAUCAAAGACUGGGAGAUACUGGAGCCGUUGGGAUCAGACCUAUCUAUCCUUAUUGCCCUUAUUCGCCGUACGGUAGCCCGCAGGGAUCGCCUAGGAUACGCAGACGGCCACUUCGGGAAAGUAGAAGAGUCAGUAUUGAUAACAAGCAGGGCGCAUUCCAACUUAAUCAAUACAAGUUGCUGGAUAAUAUUGGACAAGGUUCAUUUGGAAUAGUUAAAUUGGCAUACAAUGAAGAGGACGAAACUCACUACGCGAUGAAAAUCUUGAGCAAAAAAAAGUUGAUGAAGAAGGCCGGAAUAUUUGGGAGAAUGGCACCUGGAAGAAAAGGAGUUUCAAACCCUCUUGCCAAAGUUUAUCGGGAAAUAGCGCUACUUAAAAAGUUGGAUCAUCCAAAUGUGGUGAAGCUGGUUGAGGUACUCGAUGACCCGGAUGAGGAUAACUUGUACUUAGUUUUUGAAUUGGUAGAAAAAGGCGAAGUACUUGAAUUGCCAACAGACAAACCUCUUGACGAAGAAACUGCGAGGAUUCAUUUUCGAGAUGUUGUUUUAGGCGUUGAGUACUUACACUACCAAAGAAUAGUUCAUCGAGACAUAAAGCCAAGUAAUUUAUUGGUAGACAGUGACGGCCGCGUGAAGAUCGCAGAUUUAGGAGUGAGCGCAGAACUACGAGCUCCUGGUGAACUUUUAUCUGGAUCUGCGGGUACACCAGCGUUCGCUGCGCCGGAAACAACAGUCCCAGGUGCUCAGUAUUCUGGAACGCUAUGCGAUGUUUGGUCAAUGGGCGUGACUCUGUACACUUUGGUAACCGGAAGAGUACCUUGGGAUGGUUCCGGAAGUAUAAUAGGCGUUCAAGCGGCCGUUAGAACAGAACCAUUACGAUUUCCUGAUUCUAUUGUACUUACGGAUGAUUUACGUGAUCUGAUAAUUAGAAUGCUCACUAAGGAUCCGGCAAUGAGAGCUAGUCUACAAGAGAUAAAGACCCAUCGCUGGUUAACCAACUACGGAAAGGAACCACUACCAAGCGAGGCUGAUAACUGUCGGCUUCCGGUCACCGUUACCGACGAGGAAGUUGCACGGGUUGUCACAAGAGUACCUAAGCUUGAUACGCUCAUUCUUAUCAAAACUAUGCUCAAACAGCACAGUUUUCAGAAUCCAUUUUUACCAAAGCGGAGUGCAAGACCAGCACUUCGAGAUAGUGAUCAAAUGUCUGGUAACCUCAAGCUUGCUUCCACUGGUGAUGAUAGUGCCGUUAUUACUGAAACUCAAGAAUUGGCCAAGAGCAAGACUCAGCAAUUUCACAGAGCCGGAAGGAGCAAUUCUGCUCCCGAUUCGUACGAGUGGCAGACAAGUGGAAGACAAGUAUCAAUCGAUACACCUUUGUCACCAGUUACGGAAGCCUCGACUCAGGAAACAGAAAUCGUGAAGCGGUGACACAGCAUUAAAUCAAUGAACGAUAAAGCUCAUACUUUGCAGGGCCCUCAGUGACAAAUGGAGGAAAACAUGUCUAGCUAGUAUGUGCUUGAAAAGUUUUAAAAGUCGGGACCAAAAAAGAUAACCGAUGAUGAUGAUGAUUUAAUGAAGAAGUAAACUUAUUAUUUCUUUAAAAACUAUGGUUGAGAAUCGCUCAAAUAAUAAUCAACGAAAUAAAUCUUCCAAUUUAGUAUAUUCUUUUUUAUUAUGAAUUAUGAUCAGUUAUCCGUUGUCAGUAUUGAGCACCGUUCGUGCGCUAUAAUUAUAUAUUAUAUGUAUAUGAGUAUAGAUAAAACAAUAAAACAUUACAUUGAUUUUAAUAUA